GCGCGUGAGGCGCCACCAACGCGGAUAGGAUAGAUAUAAGAAGCGGCUUGUCUGUUCGAUACAGUCCAGACCCUGCGUUUGCGCAUUCAAAAAAGUUCAGAUCUACGUCAUGCCGUCUACUAAGAGCAAGAACAUCAUCAUUACCGGCGGUGCGCGAGGCAUCGGUCGCUGCACAGCACGACAUUUGCUUUCGUUACCGGCAUCGCAUCGCGUUUUCAUCAUCGAUUUCGACAAAGAAGAGCUGGAUUACGCUGUCAAUACACAUCUAGCCUCCUACGCACCACGCGUCAGCUCAUCGAUAACCAAUCUCCGCAAUCCAGAGGAGAUCCGCAGCGCAGUCGCCAAGGCUGCAGACUUCUUCGGCGGCCGCAUAGAUGUCCUUGUCAAUAAUGCAGGCGUAGCGCGAGGCUUCUUCAACGCAGGAAAUGGGACGAUGGAGGAUGUCGCUACGGGAGAGCAAUGGGAACAGUACAUUGCUACCAACCUCAGCGCGCCCUUCUACAUGAGUCAAGCCGUCAUCCCUUUCAUGAAGAGCAAGAACACGCAGAAAGACGGUGCGCCGGGUGUUGAUAGGACGAAAGAUUUGAAGCGUACGGAGGAGUUCAAUCAGUUGCCGUUGAAUCUCCAUGGCGAGGACAAAUUCGACGAAGGAGGCUGCAUCAUCAAUGUUGCUUCUUUCCGCGCUCAUCAGUCGGAUCCGGAUUGCGAAGGCUAUGCUGCGAGCAAAGGCGGUGUACUGGCUCUUACACAAGCCAUGUCUGUUUCGUGCCAACGCUGGGGGAUCCGUGUUAUGGCGAUCUCGCCGGGCUGGGUCAGUGUGCAGCACGAGUGCAAAGCCUAUGACCUGCAGAUCAAGGAGACACAAAACGGGUCGUACAAGGAAGUUGCGCCGCACGAGGAGGAAGCGAUGAAGCUGAGGAUGAAGGCUUGGGCGGAUGAUCUGGAUGAGCUUUACCACAAGCAACAUCCAGCCGGCAGAGUAGGCAGAGGAGAAGAUCUCGCUGAGAUGGUCGAGUAUGUUAUGGGUGCGGGUUUCUUGAGUGGACAGGAGUUGAUUCUGGAUGGUGGUGCGAACCGGAGAAAGAACCCCAAUAUCUGAGAAGUCUGUAGGAUCAACAAAUAGAUGAGCGAAGCCAACUCGUCGCUAUGCAUGUGCAACAAAUGCUUAUAUGCCGUCCAGUACUCCGCCAACGCCAUGCUUGCGGUCGUGUCAAAAAAUCAUCGCCAAAGUAAGCAAGAAGCAACUCUCGGAGAGGAAACAAGAGAGCGGGGGUGAUAUGUUGUAUC